AUGGAGGAGCGGGAGAGGGGGGCGAGGUCGGCUCGCGCCGGCAGCCCUGCGCGCCCGCCCAGCCCGCGGCUGGAUGUCAGCUCUGACAGCUUCGACCCACUGCUGGCCCUGUACGCGCCUCGCCUGCCUCCCAUCCCCUACCCCAACGCGCCCUGCUUCAACAACCUGGCCGAGUACGAGAGCUUCCUCAGGACCGGGUGCCGGGGCGGCGGGCGCGGACGGGCGCGGGGCGCGGCCGCGGGCUCUGGGGGCCCCGCUACCGCCGCCGCCGGGCCCUUGGGCAGGACCCGCCGCCGCCCGGACAUCCCCGCCCCGGACCCCGAGCGCAUCCAGCGCCUCCGCCGCCUCAUGGUGGCCAAGGAGGAAGGGGACGGGGCCGCCGGGGCGCGGCGGCGGGGUCCGGGUCGGAGCAGGAAGGCGCCGCGCAACGUGCUCACGAGAAUGCCCUUGCACGAAGGCAGCCCUCUGGGUGAACUCCAUCGUUGUAUCCGGGAGGGGGUGAAGGUGAAUGUUCACAUCCGCACUUUCAAGGGACUUCGGGGCGUCUGUACGGGCUUCCUUGUUGCAUUUGACAAGUUCUGGAAUAUGGCACUUACUGAUGUGGAUGAGACCUACCGAAAACCUGUUCUAGGCAAAGCAUAUGAACGGGAUUCUUCAUUGACUCUCACUAGGCUCUUUGAUCGACUAAAACUGCAGGAUUCCUCCAAGAAGGAAACAGAUUCCAAGUCUGCAGUUGAAGACUCCACUCUGUCCAGAUACUCCCAGACAUCCACCUGGAAGGUGGCUUCAGUGUGGGGAAGAGGAGACACUGACCGGGGUUCACGCAGUCGUUCCCGUUCCGUCCCUUCUUCCCUGCAGGCAUCGGCAAGGGAGGAGUCCAGGUCAGAGCUGUCAGGGAGGACUACACAGACAGAAGGGUCGAGUGCGGGAGGUACCUUUUCCAGGGCCACCACCCUUUCCAGGGGCCAGCCACGUAAGAAAAAGCGAAAGCCCAAAGUGGAUUACCAACAGGUAUUCACUCGACACAUAAAUCAGAUUUUCAUUCGAGGCGAGAAUGUCCUGCUGGUUCAUCUUGCACAGUGACCAGCUCGGCCUCACUUGAGCUUUGGUUUUUAGAAAUAAAAUGCAUGAAUCGCUGCUAUGCUAUAUCCUAGUAUCCCAGUGAAGCUAUUAGUUGGAAUGAUUCCCUCUGGUCUGGCAUGUGCAGAGCAUAGAGCCAGGCUCGGGCCCUCUGGGAGAUGCGGUCCCUGAAGGGGAAACAGGCCUUGAGAGGGUGGGUGGGUGUUUGCAUUAAUAUCAAAGGCAAAAGCUGUACAGAGGUACAUGCAUCUUAUUUGGUAUCGUGGUCUACUUCAGACACUCAAACCAAAUACUAGAUUUGAAUUAGGGAGCAUGGUAUGAAUUGAAUUCACACAGACAGUAUAGCACGGUGAAGGAAAAAACCACCUCAAAAAGAAUGAUCCCAUUUCUAAAAGCUAGUGCCCUGAGUACUCAUAAAUUUGUUUCUAAGAGUAGCAGUAGAAAUCACUCUGAGCCCUGAAGCCACAUCUUGUAACUGACCUUUGAAUUUUGCUCUACACCAUUCUCUCUUGAUCAAGAAAUGUAAUUUGUUAUCUUUUAAUAUCUAUAAGAUAUAAGAACGCCACCAGUUUAUGUAAGAGUGAAAUUUGGGUAGGUGGUAUGCUCAAAGCGUCUAGCAAUGAAUGCUGUGUUUUUAUCCCUCUCCACUUUAUGGAAAGAAAUAUGGGACCUUGUUGUUGGUCUUCCUCUUGCCAGAGGUAGCUUCUGCAGAUGGUAUACCAGAUGGGACUCUAAGAGGCUCUUGUCCUUCUCUUUCACUUCUGUGGCAUGGUGCUAGUGCAUGUACCCUGUGUAUUGCCCCUCUGUAUAUGGUGUGACCUGUCCUGUGAGCUUUAUGUCAGGAGACUGUGACCUUCAUGUCUGGCUUCAAAGAGUUCUGCAUGGACUCAAUAAUACACACUCAUCAUGUGGCUGAGAGUACUCUCUCCAGGCAGGGCUGGCCCCUGUCUAGAGUAUCUUUUAGGAUGAUUUCCAUGAAACAGGGGUGGAGUUUUAUUCCCUUGUGUCAGGCCAAAGAGGUUCUCACGAAGUACAACGGUGGUGUCUGUAAGGGACACUUUACUCAGCCUGGCUUGAGUAACAGGAACACUAGACCACCUGCUACUACUUCUGCUUGAACCAUGUGCUUUUCCAAUCACCAGUGCAAAAUAGGCUAUAUCUUGACACAGACUGUUAGGCAAUGUUGACCUUUUGUUUUGUUAGUUUAUACAUUAUUUGGUUUUAUUUUAGAUAACUUAGGUUCAAAGUGAGAAUGAUAAAUAGCUAACUAGUUAAAACGUUUGAAAAGAAAAACUUCAUCUGCUGUAUUUGUCGUGUUACUUAAAUAAGCCUUCUGAGAAGCGGGUGAAUCAAGUUCAAGGAGCUGGGACUCUGGCUCAUCAUGUAGUGAGAGAGAGCAGACUAACCCCUCUGUGCCUCAGUUUUUUCCCACCAGACACCUACCUCACAGGGGCACUGAGUAAAAGAAUUUGGGGAAGGCAUUUUAAAGUCUUUUAACACGUGUAAGUGCCAUGAGUGAUUUUUACUCACCCUGUUUCAUAGCUUGGUAAAAGUUCAGUGUUUCAUGAGCAAGGUAGGUGCUAUAUAAUAUCAGAGAGUAAUCUCCAUAGGUGUCACAGUUAUGAUCUUGUUAUCAUCAAAAAGCAGUGAUAUCUUCAGGAGCUGUUUUCCAUGUUCCGUUCCUUCCUCCUAAGGGACAAUGGAAGUGCUCAAAAGAGUAUCUUCAGUAAAAGAAGAGGGGUAUUUCCUUGCUGCCCCCUCCCCCGCAUCCCAGCCCCCACCCUCUUCUGGUCACGAUGAGAGGGAAUUCCGCUGCACUUUCUGAGGGGUUUAUAUGGCAGCACCGAAGGAAGGAUGCGCACCUAAAAACAACGCAUCCCCAAAGGGGCAUCUGUGGAAGGUGUUUUGUUUUGUUUAUUUGAUUUUGUUUCAAAAUGCAUUUUAAAUAUACUCUUUAGAGCCAGAUUAGGUGCACUAAACAUUUAGAGAAGUUCUAGGUUACAAACGCUCGUGAACACUUAUCUUUGGAAUCUGCCAGUCUAAAUCUCUUCUAAACAGUAUGUCUAAAAUCUCAGUUCCCCAAUUAGUAGUUGUCUUGUUUAAUCAUCAGGCACCCCUGCCUCUACCUCUUUACCAGUCCUCCCUGUUUGGCAGUCGCCAUCUGUCUGUCCUCUUGUCCCUCAGCUAGAAGCUGUAAUGGUUACUAGAUUUUCCCAAUAAAGUGGAAAUUUGGAAUCAAAAGGAAUAUAAUCAACUUCCAUUCAUUGUAGUGCCUGAU